AACCGACAAACGACGAAGAACAACGAAAGAAGACGAAGGAAAAGCGAAAAAAUCAUUUUCCUAAUUUUUGGAAGUACUACUACCAUUUGAGCUAUUAUCGUAUUAUAGUUUUGGAAAAAAUUGCUCCUUUGCAGCCUCAGAGUUGCACUCAACGCGCUGAAAACAUCGAAAAUGUCAUACCAGAUGACAGCUUGCCUCAAUAUCUCGGGGUACACACACAAUAGUGUCAUUUAUUACUCUAUUACUCUUUGCCAGUGAAAUUCCUUCAUGUCUGCUGCUGUGUCUCUUAUGUGGAAUUAGGAAUUAGACACACAGAAAAUGCAAAUAAAAAUUAAAAAUAUUCAGAAAAUGAAUAACUGUGAAAGGCAAUAAAGAAAUAUGUUUAACUUUGCAAAUUAAAAUAGAGUUAUACAGAGUGUCCAACAGCAAACAAAAAAAGCAACCAACCAAAGUGAGGAAUACCCAGCAUAAUUGUGGCAAAAAAUAAGAAGGUACUAAAAAUUGUGGGAGAAAUACAAAAGAAAAAAAAAACGGCAAAGACCUUGGAGUGGAAUACAUAUCCAAAUCUGAACGCAAAAACGAAAACCAAAAAAUCAUAAAUUGUGGAGAAUAAAAACAAAAAAGAAAAAAGUUGCCCAUAAAAAAUAGUGCAAAAUUCUUUCAGCGAAGAUAGUGAAAUAAUACAGAGUCUGUGUGUGUGUGUACGUGUGUGCAAGAAGAGAAACCACAAAGCACAAAAACCCCACGAAAAAGAAGAAAAUAUUAAUUAAAACAAAAAAUCUCCGAUCAAAACAAAAUACAAUACAAAAUUUAAUUGAAAAAUGUAAUAAAGUGUGAAGUUGAAUUUUAGUUAUAGUGGGAGUUUCACGCAAAAUAUAAGUUUUAUAAAACAACACAGAGCAUCAUAUUCGCUGUGCGAAAUUUGCUGCUAAAACCAAGUGAAAAUUUUUAAAUAAUUAUCAGAAUUCAAUCUUGCAAAAAGCUAGUAAAUAAAAAAAACUGAAAAAAAAAUUUUUAGUGCUUAGAGGAUAUCAUCACAUAUAUAUUGUGACGUCAAAUUGACCGCCAAUCCCAGCGUCGUUGAGAGCAGCAACAAUUUUUUUUGUUCGUGUGUGAAAAUCGAGCUAAAUAAAAAACACGAAUACCACGGCACAGCCCCCCAACGGGCCCCAUCCAAACGACACAUAAACGCUUAACGCCAAACAUACAUUGCGCGCAUCCCAUAUCAAUCACCUCUGCGAUGAAAUACCCACCUCGCCAAAACUUCAAUUAGAAAUUAUUGUCAAAGGUACAGUGGGGCACUGGCGAUAGAGACUCACUGCUACGCUACGCAUCAAUUAGUGUGUUUGUUUUUAUUAUUUUCCCACAAACAAAUAGGGAAACCAUUGUGGAACAAACACUGAAAACAACGAGAAGCAACACUUAAUCUAUCCCCCUACAAAAGCACCAUUAAAUGGAAUUAUUUAAUUCUGCCGUUUUUCAGCGCUUUGCAGUAGGACAAAUUGUAAAAUUAUGCUUAACUUGUCAGAAAAUCAACUUGCCAACGCAGAUACAACAGGAAUAGCAACAAAACCAAUUUAAUAAAAACAUUUACACUAAGUUUGGAUGUGAAGUGCAUUCAACUUGGUUCGGUUGUUCCACAUCUCAAAAAGUAAGCGGUUUUACAUACAAUUGGAUUUUAUAGGAAAAAGAGGAUAUCUAGAUCCAACUUUAGAAGCCAAACAUUUGAGGUGAUACAAAAGUAAAAAAAAAUUGUAUCGCCAAGGGGCCCCAUCCAAAGAGGCAAAUAUUCCAAAGUCAAAGACAUCUAUUUCCAUAGAAAUUCCAGCAAUAGAAGAUUCUGUAAAUCAAAAACAAUUGCCAAUACACAGCACAAUUGCAGUGAACAGCAGCAUUGGUAAAAAUCCCAACAAAAUACCAGCAACAAAAAGAAAAACAACGGCAACAAAAUGGCUCAACGAAGUCAUCAAUAUUUUAGUUUACGAUGGAACAACUAUCAGAACACCAUGACUUCGGUGUUUCAGCAACUGCGUGAGGACUUGUCAUUCGUCGAUGUCACUCUAUCAUGUGAACACGGUUCACUCAAAGCCCACAAGGUGGUGCUAUCCGCUUGUUCGUCAUACUUUCAAAAGCUAUUGCUUGAGAACCCCUGCAAACAUCCGACCAUCAUAUUGCCAGGCGAUAUCAUUUUCACCGAUCUGAAAACCAUAAUCGAUUUUGUAUACCGCGGUGAAAUAGAUGUUACAGAAUCGGAAUUACAGGGUCUCUUGCGUACUGCUGAACAGUUGAAAAUUAAAGGUCUCUGUGAAACUGCAGAGAAUGCCGAUGACCUGAAUGAUGCUGCCACAGCUACAAUAACCGUUUCAGAAAAUAUACAACAAGCCGUUGUUGGCAAUAUUGUCAAUGCAACGGUAGUACCCGGACAACCCUCACCGCCCAUACCCCACCAGCAUCAUCAGCAACAGCAGCAACAGCAGCAACAGCACCAGCAGCAGCAACAACAACAGAUUAGUACUGCUGUCCUAACACAUGCCGUUAGUCCGAACAGUGCCCAACAAUUGGCAGCUGCCGGACAAUUGGUAACCUCAACACCCACCUCGUCCCAACCACAGCAACACCAGCAAUUGGGUCGCAAAUCAAGAGUACGUAAACGUUCGAAAUCUCCGGAUCUAAUUUUAUCACAUCACGAACAGGCUCAGCAACAACAGAAUCAACAGCAUCCCCAAGCCAUACUAAUACAGAAUCAAAAUCAAACGGCAAUCGUUAGUCUCCAACAGACAUCGGCUGGAAACUAUAUUCCGGUGUCAGGGGUACAAACGGUUACUACAAGUGUAGCGGGUGGCCAGCAACAGCAACAGGGCGGCACAACAAUAGUGACGACAGGCGAAGAUUCUGAUACCGAGAAGCCGACAUUGCAGAAAAUUUGCAAGACUGAAGCAUCAUCAGCUUCACCAGCGUCCGCGUCCUCGGCAUCGGCGUCAAAUAAUGCUGGCGGUGUAACAACAGUAGCAGCACCUGGAACAGCAAUUGUAACACAAAUUGUAGUAGCUAGAGACGGAAAAGAUAAAAAUAUGACUAGUUUAGGCAUGGGCAUGAAUGGAGGAAUUCUGGGAGUACCCAUGGGUUUCCUCGAUUUCGCCCCCGAACCACCGGCACCAUCAGCAACACCAGUUACGGUAACAGAGCACGUGGACCUGUCAUGUAAUCCGAGUACGGAUACCCGAGAUUUAUCAAAUCCCUCGGAACCGCUCGAUAUAGACAAUCAUUUGGCCCAACACAUGAUACAACGGCUCGAUCAAUCUCCCAUGCACUCCAUGCACCAUCAGACCGGUGACGAAUCAAAUUCAAAUCUGGUCCAACAUAUUAAAAGCGAAGUACUCGAUGCCAAACAACAGCAGCAGGUUCAGCAACAGCAACAGGCAGCUGCAGCUGCUGCCGCCCACCAUCAAGCUCAACAGCAACAGCUGCAUGCUCAGCAAAUGGCAGCGGCGCAAAGCCAAAGUCACCAGCAGCAGCAGCAGUCUCAUCAGCAGCAACAAUCGCACCAGCAACACCAUCAACAGUCCCACCAGCAACAGCAGCAUCAUCAGGAUAUAACGGGAGCCACGGUGAUGGAGAUUGAUCCGAGCCAAAUAAAGCAUGAACCGGGCAUGAUAAUUACGCCUGAAAUUGUAAAUAUGAUGACCACCGGGCAUAUGGAUAUGUAUAAUUCUGAUACGAGCGAUGAUUCUAUGAUGAUUGCCAACGGCUCGCCACAUGAUCAAAACGAACCGCACUAUACCAAUUUAGAUCAGCAGCAUGGUGGAGAUAUGAAAGGUCAGUUUAAUGGUCCCAAAACUUGGACACAAGAUGAUAUGAAUUCAGCUUUAGAUGCAUUGAAGAAUCAAAAUAUGAGUCUGACGAAAGCAUCCGUUACCUAUGGCAUCCCCUCCACAACCCUAUGGCAACGAGCCCAUCGCAUGGGCAUCGAGACACCUAAGAAGGAAGGAGGCACCAAAUCAUGGAAUGAAGACUCACUUAACAAUGCUUUGGAAGCGUUGCGUUCUGGACAAAUAUCAGCGAAUAAAGCAUCGAAAGCCUUUGGCAUACCUUCAUCGACGCUCUAUAAGAUAGCACGACGUGAGGGUAUACGAUUGGCAGCGCCUUUCAAUGCCGCACCAACAACAUGGACUCCGGAAGACUUGGAGCGAGCAUUAGAGGCCAUUCGUGCGGGUCAUACAUCGGUGCAGAAGGCAAGUGCCGAGUUUGGUAUACCCACAGGCACUCUGUACGGUCGUUGUAAACGUGAAGGCAUCGAGUUAUCUCGAUCGAAUCCUACUCCAUGGUCUGAAGAUGCUAUGAACGAAGCGUUGAAUUCAGUGCGUAUUGGCCAAAUGUCCAUCAACCAGGCUGCUAUUCACUACAAUCUACCCUAUAGCUCUUUGUAUGGGCGAUUUAAACGUGGUAAAUAUGAUGUGUCAAAUACGAGUGGAACUUCGCUGAAUAACACAUCGGGCAAUACGUCGGGUAGCAUUGAAAUUAUCGAACAUAGUCAAGAGAAUUCGUUGCCUAUGUUUCAGCAACAAUUCCAAUAUAGUCCCUCGCCGCAUCAGCACGGUGGCAGUAGUACACCGCAACAAAGCCAAACCCCACAACAUUUACAGCAGCACGUAGUGCAUAUACAACAGCAACAUCAUCAGCAGCAACCGCAACAUGCGCAACAUAUCCAGCAGCAGCAAGAUGUUGUCACCUCAUCCAGUCAACAAGUUCAACAACAGCACGCCAGCAAUUCAGCAGCAGCAGCGGCCUCGCAGCAGCAGCAACAACAGCAGCAGCAACAGCAACAGAUUCAACAAAUCUAUCAUCAUCACAGUACACCCGAGAGAAGUUGAGAAUCACUGCAAGUUGUACCAGCAGCAGCUACAGUCGCCGCAGCUGCCGUUGCGGCCGCGGCAGCAGCAGCAGCAAAUUUAAGUAUCGGUGGUCACAGUACGACGACAACAACCCUACAACAGCAACAGCAACACCAUCAUAGUGCAACAAGCUCCUCCUCGGUUGCCGCCAACAAACGCAAAAAAUCGUCAAAAGCAAAACGUUGAAAUCCUCGAACGUCUGACAAUUCAUAAAAAGAAUAGCAGCGAGAUUAAAGUUUUGCUACCGACCCAACGACGGUGACGGUGACGACGACGACAAACACACAAAACAUGAAUAGAAUCCCUAUGUAUUUAUGAUGAUAAUGAUGAUGAUGAUGCUGGCGAGAAGAAAAAGGGACGAUGAUCUAGAAGUAAUGAACAAACAAAAAGAAAAGAAAAAAAAAACAAAAAACAAAUACAUUAUUACAACAAAAAACAAAACAAAAUCAGAAUCAUUGUGUAAAUGAAAAUAUUAAGUUAUAUACAUACAAAAAGAAAAAUCAAAUCGUGGAAAUUUAAUGAAAGAAACAAAAAUUAAAGAAGUAAACGAAAUCAAUGUUGAAAAAGAAAAGAAAACAAAAAGAAAAAAAAAAAACAAAGCAAAAAUAACAAAUCAAACAAGGUAUACCAAUUUAUUUAGAUUUUAAAAUCUUUACCUACUACCGAACGCAAAAUAAUAACAAGCAAACAUCAACAUCAACAAACAAACAAACACACAACAACAGAUUAGAAUAGACCAGAAACCAGAUAGACAGCAACACGGACACCAGCCGCAGCCGUAGCAAUUCCGCUGCAGCUUGUGCAGGUGCAACAGCAACUGUGGUGUUGCUUUACAUACCUCCCUAUGGGCCCCAAAUUCUCUCAUUCUCUCUCUGAAAAGCCCACUCCUCAAACUCAAAUCCCGUAAACGAGUUUUCUCCUCCACCACCUACUCUUUAAGGCCACACCAUCACUGACACCACCACCGGGUAUUGUAUAAUAAUUGAGUUGAUUACGAAAGCUGGACAGGAUGCGGCAGAUGUGGAUAUUUCUUUUGGGUGUUUCUACGUUUUUCCUAGUUUUUAAGGUUUAAGUUUAUUUUCCUCUUCUAAUUUUAUUAUUAUUAUUAUUAUAUUACUAUUAUUUUAUAAUUAAACUUAUGGAUUUUAUAAAAACAAAAACACAAAAACCCUAUUGUAAUUAAAAUACAACAAACAAAUAGAGUUAACAGAAAAAGAAGAAAGGAAAGAAAGGAAGAAAUAAUAACUGAAGGAGUUUAUCUAAUUUUUCUUUUUGUUUGAAUUUCCAUUAAUGACCCACUCUUACUAUCCCUCAAUACCAAGACCUAGACUAUAGAUGAUGAUACAACGCCUCAAUCAUUGUUGCGUGAAUAUGUAAUUAGUUCUUUUUGCUAUUAUUCGAUUUAAAUUUCCAAUAGGCAUUUCCCUAUUGCCUCUCGUUAUUUCUUUACUUUUUUUUCCCUUCUCAUUUUCGCAAUGUAAUUUAGCCGACAUAUCUUUGUUAACUAUUUCGAAGAGGAUUUUGCUCCUUUGUCUCUGCUACAUACUCUAAUAAGAAUAGGGGGGAAAGUUGAACUAUAUUUCUAAACGAAUUUUUGAGCUAUUUUAUAAUGUAUUUUCAAAUUGGUAUCGUAAUUUACCAUAGUUUAGUUAAAAUAUAGAAUUCAAAGUUAUAUUUAGUAGUAUUUUUUUCUUUUCAAACAAAAUGAGGAAAAUGCAAACCACAACAAUUCUUAAGACUCAUCUUGUGUUUUAAACUCUCUUUGAAUAAUUUAAAGGUAUUUUUCUUUUUUUUUUUUUUAAAUAAAAAGCUUUAAAUUUGUUUUAUUAACAAAUACUUAAAACAUUCUUUUAUUAUUCCAAAUUUUGUAAGAGAUGAAUAUGAAUUUGAAAUCAUUAAAUUGUGUGAAAAUUUGAAUGAAAUUGGGUUUCUUUUGUUGCGAAAAAUUUUUGUUUGGCUUUUUUCUUUAUUGUUGGAGGGUUUAAGGAGCCAGUCUGAACUCUAGCUGCUGUUUGUUGACUUCUCGCCAACUAUUAUUGUCUUUAAGGAACAAGUGAAGUGUGAGAGUUUGAGUACAGGGAAAAAGUUUGUCCGUUUCGUUUCUAUACAUGGAACGUAUUUGCUGUAGCUAUCAAAGGCUAAAGAAGCUCAAUUCUCACACACGUGAGAGAGUUUGAGAAUCUCCUACAUUGUUAAUUGAUGUAUUCCCUUGAUUAGAUUCAAGUUUCUACUCCAUAAAUAAAUUUUCUACUUUAAAAAAUUUAAAAA